AUGAAAGGCGCCGUAUUGAUAAUCUUCUCCUGCUUCGGUGCACUCAAUGCUAAACCGUUUGGUUUAGGUCUAGGUGGUAUUGGAGUGGGCGGGUUAGGAUUGGGGUCGGGUCUAGGAAUGGGUGCUGGGUUAGGACUGGGCGGUCUAGGUAUGGGCUUAGGCGGUAUGAACAGUGGCUUCGCUAACGGUGGUGGAUUCGGAGGUCAACAGUAUGGUGGUGGGUCAAGUGGCAUAGGCAACCAGGGUUAUCAAAGUUCUGGUGCUGGUGGUUACCAUAACAUUGGGAGUCACCAUAACAGUGUUUCAUCGGUGAAUCAAGUGGACAACUCCGAAUUCCACAACGUCGGUGGUGGAUCAGCAAUGGACAACGGUGGUUAUUCUGGCAACGGUUAUAACGGUUAUCAGAACGGAGGUUCUCAAUUUGGAAAUGGUUUCGGAUCCGGCCAAAGCCAAGGGAUGAUGAUUUAA